GAUGGAAAGGCGGGGGCUGGUCCAUCAUGCUGUUCUCAACUAGUUGUGAGAAGCUGAAACGUGGCCAGAUUGAACAGGAAACCGACAGAAACGCGCUUUAGAACAACAUUGUCGAAGUUUACAGGGAUAUAGUAACUAUACUAGCAGUCCUUAUUACUUUACACUCUUAUCUGUUUUAACGUUUCUGUAGUUACACGUUUGUUACAGCGGGAUACUACAAUUGUAGAUAGAACUUGUCUUAUUAAACGGGAAACGACAUCUCUCAGUGGUCAUAUCCAAGCCGAAAUAGAUAAAAACCUGACCAAUUGUAGCAAAUUCUAAACGCAACAUCGGUCCAGACGGUUGGUUACAUUGUAACAUUUUGAUAAUGACAGACACGGUCAUCGGUUCGGAUAAAAGCCUGUCCUUCGAGAAGACGUGGGGCAGCUCCACCAGCAGCGGGUACUGCAGUGGGGACUCAGAUUCAGAGUUCGAGCAGUACUUCACAGCUCGCACAUCAUUCAUUCCCAAACCCAAGAAAGAGAAGGUGAGAGGAGAACAAUUUGUCAAGCAGUUGAAUAAGAGUUAUUGAAUAAGAUGUUGGCUAUUCCUUCCUCUGCCUUCACUGAUGUUCAUGCAUAAUAGGCUAGACAAUCUUGUGUGUAACUUCCUUUAUGUUAUAUUAUAAUUUAUAAUAGAGGUAUGACGUGAUAGAGGCAUAUACUAGUGUAUUUCAAAUGACAUAUCCAAGAAAAUGGUCAUCUGAAGUUGUCGUCAUAUUUGCAGUAGUAGUAGUAACUACCCUCUUUCUAAAAAGUAAAUUGGGAUCUACUGUGUUUCUCAUAUUACAAGGAUGACUCAUAUAUCCCGAUGCUGAGAACCACUCAAGAGUUUAGUGACGCACCCAUGAUACCCCUCAAGUUUCACAACACACACUAGUCAUGUACUAUUCAUCUCUGGAUCAUUCAGAAACAAAUUACUUCACUCCCAUUGCUUCACACUUACAAAGCUUGCACACACAAGCCUGCACGCACAUCUCUGGAGGGUUUGAAUGAGUAGCCUACUAGACAUAAGGGGAAUGGCAACAUUUGAUCAUGUUUCAUUAACUCAUAUUUCUACAGUAUCUUGAGUGAAUACAUUAGAUAAUGUUAUACACAGUACAGUAAAAACAGUAAUAACAGCACAGUAAAAAUUGGUGACUCCUUAGUAGACUGUUCUGGCUUCCAUUUUGUGAUUGCUUAUUUACUAGUUGCAGGACAUACAUUAAAGACAUGCUCUGUAACUUUGGUGAAUACUAAGUAUUUUUCAAACAUCCUUUGGGCUGGAUGUGUCAAUGGGUAGUUCAUACAUGCAUAACCUAUGAGCAGAAUUAUUGUUUAACCUCAAUUAGCCACGAAAUCCCUGUUUGAAAGUAACUGUUUUUCUGAAAGCUGUGCUCAGUGGCAUGAGUUCAGUUAAACCUAAGCAGGGGUGUGGAAGGGUGCAUACAGUGCAACAUGAAAUGGUUGCAUAAUACACACUAUUAAGUCACAACAUGGCCGAUUUCAAAUGCCGACAUCCAUAGGUGGCGCGUGAGUUUCAGGUUUGGGGAAGCAAUUGUUUUAACUGUAAAAUUGCACCUUUAUAAUGCAUCGCAUUUGCAGACUAACAGAGGUGGGACCAAGCCACUAUUAUUCGAGUCACAAGCAAGUCUCAAAUCACAAGGUCCGAGUCUCGAGUCAAGUCCAAGUUGUGCAUUGUAAGAGCAAGUCGAGUCAUAUGUUUUUUCAAGUUAAGUAAAAAACAUAUCGAUGCAAUGACUUGUUCAACUACAAAUCUUUGUUUAUUUAUUGAGGAACCAGACAGCCCUUUUCAUUAUUUUGUCUACAACAUAUUCUGAUGAUGUAAUUGUAAAAAAGGGACCUUGUAGCAGUCACAAGGGCAUGAAAUCAGCAGAAGAUAAGGCGGGUUGAUGUGCUAAGUGUAGAUUUAUUUACUGGUCUUGGUGAUCCAAUGAUAUCUUACAACAUUUACCAAAUGUACACGGGCAACAGGCAAAAAUAAAUAGCCUCUUUAUCAGGCUUAACCUGUCCUAUCUGAAUGGACACAGGUAGAGGGCAAGACUGCACAGCCUCCCCUUGAGAAACCAGAUGGAUCUGUCUAACAGGACCUCAAACAGGUACAUAUAAGCACUUGGCCCCACCCAGGACCAUACAAUUAUCCAAUUGGCAAAUACAACCAACAGGGUUUGCACAAGGUGCUUAAAGUACUUGAAUUUGGCACUCUGAAAGUACUGGAAUACCUUGAAAAUCUGAAAUUUUCUCAAGUUGGUACAGUGGGGGAAAAAAGUAUUUAGUCAGCCACCAGUUGUGCAAGUUCUCCCACUUAAAAAGAUGAGAGGCCUGUAAUUUUCAUCAUAGGUACACGUCAACUAUGACAGACAAAUUGAGAUUUUUUCUCUCCAGAAAAUCACAUUGUAGGAUUUUUAAUGAAUUGAUUUGCAAAUUAUGGUGGGAAAUAAGUAUUUGGUCACCUACAAACAAGCAAUAUUUCACCUACAAACAAGCAAGACCUAGUGAAUGACCUGCAGAGAGCUGGGACCAAAGUAACAAAGCCUACCAUCAGUAACACACUACGCCGCCAGGGACUCAAAUCCUGCAGUGCCAGACGUGUCACCCUGCUUAAGCCAGUACAUGUCCAGGCCCGUCUGAAGUUUGCUAGAGUGCAUGUGGAUGAUCCAGAAGAGGAUUGGGAGAAUGUCAGAUGAAACCAAAAUAUAACUUUUUGGUAAAAACUCAACUCGUAGUGUUUGGAGGACAAAGAAUGCUGAGUUGCAUCCAAAGAACACCAUACCUACUGUGAAGCAUGAGGGAGGAAACAUCAUGCUUUGGGGCUGUUUUUCUGCAAAGGGACCAGGACGACUGAUCCGUGUAAAGGAAAGAAUGAAUGGGGCCAUGUAUCGUGAGAUUUUGAGUGAAAACCUCCUUCCACCAGCAAGGGCAUUGAAGAUGAAAUGUGGCUUGGUCUUUCAGCAUGACAAUGAUCCCAAACACACCGCCCGGGCAACGAAGGAGUGGCUUCGUAAGAAGCAUUUCAAGGUCCUGGAGUGGCCUAGCCAGUCUCCAGAUCUCAACCCCAUAGAAAAUCUUUGGAGGGAGUCGAAAGUCUGUGUUGCCCAGCGACAGCCCCAAAACAUCACUGCUCUAGAGGAGAUCUGCAUGGAGGAAUGGGCCAAAAUACCAGCAACAGUGUGUGAAAACCUUGUGAAGACUUACAGAAAACGUUUGACCUGUGUCAUUGCCAACAAAGGGUAUAUAACAAAGUAUUGAGAAACGUUUGUUAUUGACCAAAUACUUAUUUUCCACCAUAAUUUGCAAAUAAAUUCAUAAAAAAUCCUACAAUGUGAUUUUCUGGAUAUUUUUUUCUCAUUUUGUCUGUCAUAGUUGACGUGUACCUAUGAUGAAAAUUACAGGCCUCUCUCAUCUUUUUAAGUGGGAAAACUUGCACAAUUGGUGGCUGACUAAAUACUUUUUUCCCCCACUGUACUUAAAAAGAGAGGAGAACAGAAAAUGAUCAAAUAUGUUAAUAUGAAAAAUAUUACAACAAUGUAUUGGUCUUGCGAAUUAAUUUCCAGGCAGACUACCGAGUUUUAUUUCCUCACGUGUUUUGUCCUCUGGUUGCCAGGCUAGCUCGCUCAUUCCACCCACACUGCCACUCAGCCAUGCAGGUACAGAACUGACUGGUUAGGCACCGCCAAACAUCACAUCGAUAGCUAAAAUUCUGGGCAAAUGUAGAUCCAAUCCUGCCUUGCAGGAUAUUGAUGUUUAUGAAUGGGUUUUGCCAGACCCAACCGGGUAUGUAGUGGAGGGUAAACGCCUUUUACGCAACUUUUUAUUUGUGAAAUAGCGUUUAAUCACCUUUUAAUUUGGGUAAUUAUCUUUUGCCCACUUAUUAUUGCGUUCCCAGCGUUGAUCAACGCUCCGAAGGCUUCUUGAUCUGAGUUCUAAUCGUGCCUACCUCUGCGAACAAGUGGAAUCAUGAAUGAUUCACAUAUGCUCGUUAUGUUCACCUGCUCCCCUAGAUUUGCCAUGUUAGCAGCACAUUCAUUCACCAUUCUGUCCAACGGGAAACUCUGCCCACGACAGAACGAGAGUUGAAACAAACUACCUUAGCCCAGACCUACAGUGGCAUGUAGCAGAGAGACGCCGCUGACAGUAGGAAUUUUUUUUUUAAAGAUCCCUCGACUCCUGCCUUGUCACCAGACAUCCCCCAAACAAAAAAAACCUGACUCUUGGAAAAUGAGUGUACAACUGGUAAAUGAGUCGCUGAUAUUUUAGUCUAGCUAGCUAGGUAGUUCAAGGGCUCUGGCUGUUAGUCAGGUAGCUAGAUAUAACUAGCUGGCUAGAAGGAUGAAGUUAGAAGCUAACGUUGAAUGGAGCCUGACCUUGGCAGGAGCAGUUGACUGAAAUUAUAUAAAUAAGUAGUGAAACGUAUUAUUGAGUAGAACCUGUAAGGUAGUGAUGAAUAGUAAGUUAGUUGGUUUUUUUCAUGAGGUUGUGGCGAUAUACUGCCAUCCAGUGGCGACUAGAAACAAUUGCAUAAUAGGAACUAUUACAAAUUGAUGGUCCUUGAAAAUAAAUAUUAGUACUUGGAAUUUGAAAGUAUUUGUAUUUGAAAAGUCCCUGAAUUUGACUUGCCACUGUCUGUACGAACCCUGAACCAAUAAACUGGUUCUACAAUGUAAAAGACAAUUUCCACCUCCAUUGUUACAUUGGUACAUUCGUCUUAAUCAGACUUUAAUUAUAUUUCAUCACCAUUUAUACAUGGAACAAUCAUUUUCUCUUAUUCAACGUAUUGACUCAAAAGCGUGGCGUGCAAGCCACGUAGCCUAUUUCUGUGCGCACUGAGGCUUGCACGCUUCUAUUACGCACAACCAGACAGACCGAGACAUUGGACACAGACACAAGGCACUCCGACAUAACCCGGGAAAUAUGAACAAUGUAAACCAUACAUUGAAUUAAAUAAACAGAACUUCUACCUCAUGAGUCUUGAGAACGUUCAUGUGCACAAUAAACAUUGCGCCCACUCAGAGGUCAAGAAAUGGUAGGCUACAUGAAAAUGUAUCGUAUCAAACAUGAAAUAGAAAUGUCUAAGUGUUAAAAUAAACGUUACGGGGAUGGAAUGAUGAAAUGCUAGCAAUUAUUGUAGGAUUAGAUGGAAUAUAGAUUUACCACAUGUGCAUUUAAAUGUGUGAAAGAAUGCAACAGCAAGCAUUUCAACAAGAGAACAAGCGCACUCCACUGGUGGGAGUUUGGAGAGCACAAGUGGAGAGACGCGCCUCUGGUGCGUUUUUGCCACAGUAAUAAUUAAUUUUAACAACAAAUUCCAAAUACAAACUUCAUAAGUAAAUGUAUACAUUUCAAGCAAUUUUGACAUACCACAAGACCAGUGGGCCUAUGCUAAUUUUCCUUGAUGCCCCAUUGCUGGUGAGCUUGCUAACUAAACAGUUAAUAUUCUUGAUCUCCACAUUUUUUUGGGAGCUGUAUAUUUAUUUAUAAUGGCAAUCCUCUCUCCCUACAAUUUGACAUUUGCGCUGCACCCAAUCCUAUAGCUGUAAAGAAAAUUAGCAAUCUGUUCGCUAGCUCACCCGAAAUCUCAAGUCAGUCUCAAGUCAAAGUCAAGUCCCAAGUUUUGAGGCUUUAUUUUCUAUCAAGUUGAGUUUCAAGUCAUCAAGUUUGUAACUCGAGUCACACUCAAGUCCAAGUCAUGUGACUCGAGUCCACAACUCUGCAGCUAAUAUUCCUGUGAUGAGUAGAUUGCAUAGUCCUAAUUUAGGCUAAUAAUAUAACUCAAUCACUGUUAGCAAAACAGACUGUACUGAACAAUGUAUGCCUGAGUGUGUAGUGACAUAGAGUAGGCCUAAUCAGAGACGUUUCCACUCCUUUCUUUGCACUGGAAAAAUGUGGCCUUUUAUAAUCACAUUUCAUGCAAUUCUACUACACUUUAUAUGACUGGAGAAACAUAAGAGAUCAAAGCCUACUCUGCUGACACUUGAAAAACAGAUCAGUAAAAACGACCUAGUCUUGAAUGCAACUAUCUAAUCUAGGCCUAAGAAAAGGGGAGACUUAUUGUACAAUAUGACGUCCAUCUAGCCUGGAGGAGGAAAUUAUUUCCCCCAAAAAACUUUCCAGUGGUACUGAUCCAAUGAUAAAGACGGUGAAUAUGCGCGCACUCACCGGGAAUAUAGUAUGUUUUCCACUGGUGCCAAUGAGAUAGGCUACUGUUCGCUCCUUGAACGUGUUGAUAACUAGAGACAGAUCAGUCUUUUCUUUGUCUUCUCUUUUCCGCAAUAGCCAUUCGCUUUCUAAACUGUUUUUCCUACGAUUAUAUUUUGAAAUAUUGCGAUAGGCCUAUUUAACUGCUUUUCACUAACCGAUUCAACUCAACAAUCAGCUAUUUGGUAGGCUAUUUGCCGCGUGCUAACCAAAUUGCGCGCUUAAACAAUCCACAGCUCAUUUUUAAAAGAAGCUAAUGAUCCUCUGUGGCCAAAUCAUGCUCUCUGGUGUAGUAUUUUGAAUGAUUUGUUUUAUUUCUGUAUAGGCAAGAGUAAUUAUAAUGCUAAUUUUGGCAAAUUUAAUUCAAUUUACUUUAGGGGGAAGCUUAUCUUUUGAUUAUCCUAUUAUUCCUCCUCCACCAAACUUUACAGUUGGCACUAUGCAUUCAGGCAGGUAACGUUCUCCUGGCAUCUGCCAAAUCAUCGGACUGCCAGAUGGGGAAGCGUGAUUCAUCACUCCAGAGAGCGCAUUUCCACUGCUCCAGAGUCGAGCGAGCUUUACACCACUCAGCUAACAGUUCUUGUGCUGAUGUUUCUUCCAGAGGCAGUAUGGAACUCGUUAGUGAGUGUUGCAACCGAGGACAGACGAUUUUACGCACUAUGCGCUUCAGCACUCGGCGGUCCCGUUCUGUGAGCUUGUGUGGCCUACCACUUCGUGGCUGAGCUGUUGUUGCUCCUAGACGUUUCCACUUUCCACUUCACAAUAACAGCACUUACAGUUGACCGGAGCAGCGCUAUCAGGGCAGACAUUUGCCUAACUAACUUGUUGGAAAGGUGGCAUCCUAUGACGGCGCCACAUUGAAAGUCACUGAGCUCUUCAAUAAGGCCUUUCUACUGCCAACGUUUUAAAAAGGAGAUUGCAUGGCUGUGUGGUCGAUUUUAUACACCUGUAAGAAACGGGUGUGGCUGAAAUAGCCAAAUCCACUAAUUUGAAGGCUGGCAGCUUCUCUCUCUGGAGUGAUGCUCCGCAUGGUCCUAAAGCCAGCCAGUCAAUACGCUAAACAGUCAUUGCAUUUUAAUCGGGAUUGGAAUUAUUUGAGCCUACUUUUAAAUUUUUGGCCUUGAGCAUACCCAACUUAUGCCCCUGGCCAUUUUCCCUAGUAUGUGCCCUACAUGGGCCAGCCCCCUAGCAAUUUGAGUUCAACAAUAUGAGUGACAGCUAGCAAGAGGCACAUCAUGCACACACAGCAGAGAGAGAGCAAUGACGUGGUGCACAUACAGUAUCUGCACAUAUGUGACGUAGUAUGCAGUUUUCGGGGACCACUUUUGGUUUGUGAGCUCUACUUUCAGAACUACCGACUAAAAAGUAUACAAAAGUACCGGAGAAUCUCUUUAACACCAUUUCAAUCUGCAUUAGGAUUCAGGUUAUUGAUCCGAUUUUGCACAACUUGACAUUGAUUUAUGUAGUUGUGGGUAGAAUGAGAGUUUGAGACUUUCUCCCAGAGGACAGAUCAUGUUGGUGCUGAUGUUAACACAUGCCAGGAGGAUUUAUGAGUAUUGAUCUAUGGAUUCCCCCCUAUGAAAAGCAGCUACUGUCAACAGGACAAUUUGGGGCUAGCUGGUUCUCCAAUUGAUACAGGAAGAAGAGUUCUGUGCAUCACAUGUUUUGAAUGACAUUCUCACACAGGAAGCAAGGAAGGACCAUUAGACACAGGAAGUGCAUAGUUGUGGUGGUUACUGUGUCCAUGGGAGACAUUUAAAUGUCUUGUCGAUGCUGGAGGCCAAAUGUAAAUUGCCGAAAGAUGACUGAGAUUCUGUGAGGAUUAGGCAGCUGACUCCACAGGAUAUGCCUCUAUAAAACAGAAGAAGGCUUUGUGUCUGACUCUCAAGCGGGGGGGUUGCCUGAGGGGGGCAGCUAUUUUUACAUGAACACAGCUUUAAGGAAUGCUGCCCAAAGCCUUUGCAGACAUUACAAACAGCUGCAUGUCCCCCCAUGAUGCCUCCCUCUACAGAGAUAGGAGGAAUUGAGGAACUGGGAUUGGUCAGUGCUGACAUCAUUGUGGUCCACCGCUUCCCUAUCAUAGACUAUGGCUACGUUGACAGGAAGUUUGGAAUCUGAUGCAACCAGCGAUAACUUUGUGAAAGAAGGGGUGGAGCUUACAGGAAGUUAGCACUGUGAAGCAUAGGCUGCUAUAGUCUGAGAAAUAAUAUAAGUAAUUUAUUUUUUGCACAUUUAUUAUAAGCAGCAACAAGUAGUAAUGCAGUUUCUCAUUCCAAUACCAUUUUGAUUUACACCAGUCUAGUGCUUCCUUUUCUCACCAAACCCAAUCUAGUCCUCUGCUCUACUGAACUCUGACCCCUUUGAACCUGACUCCCCAAGACUCCUGAAAUCUAAUUUCCCCUCCGUGACCCCAAGGGUCACCUCUAUGAAUUUGCAUUAGACUGAUUUCUCAGCCAAGCUUUCUUAAUUAAAUCUUUAGGUGAAUUGGUCAAUAUGUCAUGCCUCUUCAACUGUCCCCCUGUAUUUUUGUACUAUUCAUUAUAAAAGGUUGUGGAUUGUUUGUUUAGAUAGGCCCACAUCACACAACUUGAUCAAGACAAAGGAGAUGAUUGUGGACGACAGGAAAAAGAAGAGGACCGAGCACGCCCCCAUUCUCAUCGACGGGGCUGUAGUGGAGCAGGUUGAGAGCUUAAAGUUCCUUGGUGUCCACAUCACCAACAAACUAACAUGGUCCAAGCACACCAAGACAGUCGUGAAGAGGGCACGACAAAACCUAUUCCCCCUAAGGAGACUGAAACGAUUGGGAUGGGUCCUCAGAUGGGUCCUCAGAUCCUCAAAAGGUUCUAAAGCUGCACCAUCGAGAGCAUCCUGACUGGUUGCAUCACUGCCUGGUAUGGCAACUGCUCGGCCUCCGACCGCAAGGCACUACAGAGGGUAGUGCGUACGGCCCAGUACAUCACUGGGGCCAAGCUUCCUGCCAUCCAGGACCUCUAUACCAGGCGGUGUCAGAGGAAGGCCCUAAAAAUGGUCAAAGACUCCAGCCACCCUAGUCAUAGACUGUUCUCUCUGCUAUCGCACGGCAAGCAGUACCGGAGCGCCAAGUCUAGGUCCAAGAGGCUUCUAAACAGCUUCUACCCCCAAGCCAUAAGACUCCUGAACAUCUAAUCAAAUGGCUACCCAGACUAUUUGCAUUGCCCCCCACCCCUCUUUUACGCUGCUGCUACUCUCUGUUUAUUAUCGACGCAUAGUCACUUUAAUAACUCUACCUACAUGUACAUAUUACCCCAAUUACCUCGACUAACCGGUGCCCCCGCACAUUGACUCAGUACUGGUACCCCCUGUAUAUAGCCUCGCUAUUGUUAUUUUUACUGCUGCUCUUUAAAUAUUUGUUACUUUAUUUCGUAUUAUUUUAUAUUGUAUUUUUUUUGUUGGUAUUCUUUCUUAAAACUGCAUUGUUGGUUAAGGGCUUGUAAGUAAGCAUUUCAAUGUAACAUCUACCUGUUGUAUUCGGCGCAUGUGACAAAUAAAAUUUGAUUUGAUUUGGAACAGGGCUGCAACCACCAAACACUUGCUCAGUCUACCCUACCAAAACGUUAAACCUUGGUGCUCUGCUGACACCUGGUGGUAGAACACCAAUGUGUCCCUUUUCUGUCUUGCACUUUCAGCUUAAGAAGAUGAAUGAGUAAACAAUGAAUGGCUAAUUGAAAUAUUGACUCCCUUCUCUCUGGUCAGGAUGAACAGGUUGAAUGGGGGAAGCAGCAGGAUCUGUCAGUCACAGAGAUCCAGCAGAAGGUGAAGGAGUACAAUGCUCAAAUCAACAGCAACUUGUUCAUGAACCUGGUGAGUAGGAACAAUCGCUUGAAUACCAUUGUAGUAAGUAGUAACAUUGUAAUUACUCGAACACUGUCUGUAUUACCAUGUUUUUAUACAGUAAUUUAGUUAUUGCUCAACUGCAAUACUGCACUAUUCAACAUGUUGAUAGUGUGUUAAUGUGAAUAAGUUUCGUGAGUAUGAAUUUCUAUAUGUUUUCAUUCUUUUCAACAGAACAAAGAUGGCUCCUACACUGGCUUCAUAAAGGUCCAGUUCAAGCUGAUACGACCCGUGUCAGUUCCCCCACCAAGAAAGGGUAAUGCAACACAGGAUGGUGCAGGCAAGAAGACUGUGGGAGUGAAGCGUCGCACCUCUUUUUACUUGCCCAAGGAUACGUCCAAACACCUACACAUCAGCUCCCGCACACGCGCUCGUGAGGUCAUCGAAGCCUUGCUGAAGAAGUUCACUGUGGUGGACAACCCUGCAAAGUUUGCUUUGUUUGAGCGCACAAAGCGCCAUGACCAAGGUAAGCCUGCCUCUGUAACCUCUUGUCUGUGGUUUUGCGAUAGCACGACUUGUCUUUUUUCUGCACUGACAUCACAUUGAUAAAUACUAAGAGGUGCCAUACAGUUGUUUAAUUCCAUUGUCUCCCUUCCUCUUCCUGUAUUUCAGUGUUCCUGCGUAAGCUGUCUGAUGACGAGCGCCCACUCCACCUGCGUCUGUGUGCUGGACCCAAUGAGAAAGCCCUCAGUUUGGUCUUGAAAGAGGAAUGAGACUGGAGAGGUCAACGUGAGUAUUGAGCAUUCAUUGGGCAUUCAUUCUCAAACCAACAUGGUAAUUUCACAUUGUGCAGCUUACACUUAUGUUCCGUCUCCCUCCUCUCUCUGUCCAGUGGGAUGCCUUCUCUAUGCCAGAGCUUAAGAACUUUGUCCGCAUGCUACAGCGUGAGGAGGAGGAGCAUGUCAAGCAGAUAGUGCAGCGCUACGCACUAGCCCGCACCAGGAUGCAGGAGGCCCAAGCUGCUAGUUCCACCCCUGGUGGUUCCACCCCUGGCUGAGAAACAGCUUCCCUAUGGGACUACCUGCACCUCUGACUGACAACCAUCAGAAGAUGACCAGUCACUGCAUCCAAAGAUCCCAGAGAACACAACUCGACACCUCCCUCAAAGGAGGAGAAUGAAAGAGCGAAUGAGAGCGAGCGGGCGCAUGAGAGCGAGCGGGCAAGAGAGUGUGAGAGAAAUCAGAAGUGCUGUACAACUGGAGAGAGUCUGUUGUGCCUGAGAGAGAAUGAGAGUUGAGAGAGAGAGCGAGUAUAUGAAAAUGUGGCUGAUGAGAGAGUGGCUUUGUCCAGUAGUUCCUCUCAUUAUGGGGGUGCCAUUUGACUAUCCUGGGUAAGCUACCUGACUCGUAAUGUUCAUCACCUGUUAUUCUUGCUGGCAGCAGGGUCCAUAGAUUCUAUCAUUUAUAGCUGUUGGGUAACGAUCAAAGAUAAUUUUGAGACAACCCGAGUGGGGUCAAACAAAUCAAAAGGCCUGUUUCUCUACUUCACUGCCAAGCAAUACAAGGGUAGCCAACCUAUUAGCUCAGACAAAUGUUAAACAAAUUCAGAUACCGUCUGCUUCAGUAUCUCCAGGCCUUAAUGCUAGUCAGAAUAAUAAGCGAUGGACAUUAUGGGCCAGGUACCCCAGGUUUCCAUUUGACCCCAAUGUCUGCCAUAUACCUCCUGCACAUCCAUACUGUGAUGGAUGUCACUCUUUUUGCUGUCCCUUUGAGGCUGAGUGGGAGUGCCCCAUGUGUUGGGAGCACUGUGAAUGUCAAUUUAGAGGACAAUCCCAGGUCGAUUUAAUUGAUAGGGGAAUCGUCCUGAAACUUUAACACUUUGAACUGGAAGCUGGUGCUUUUUAUGGAAUGUUUGUAUAUUUGUAUUGUCUAUUUUUUUUAUGUUCUUUGUGACAUUCUAAAACAACAAAAUAAUAGAACUGAUAAUUUGUUUCAUAUUAUCAGAAUAUGUCUAUAUCUCUUGAAAUAAUAACUUGACUGGCCUUGACUAUCCUCUUUUCAAUUUACAACAUUUUUCUGUUACAUAUGUCCAGUGUCAAAAUAUUUGUUUAAAUAAUAAUAGAUUUGCACUGUUCACAUUAAACAAGUUCAUUUACAAAA